UCUCCUUUCUUCUAGAUAGAAGCAGAUUCUGUGAUGUCUUCAAAAAAUUCCAGUACUUCUGGUGUAUCGCUUGAGGAGUUUUUAAAUAUCAUAAGGAAAAAGAAGGAAGUUCAACUAUAUCACAAUGAGAUAAGACACAUCUUCACAGCUUUUGACAUACACUAUCGUGGAUUUUUAACUUUGGAAGAUUUCCAAAGAGCCUUCAGGCUUGUGGCUCCCAAAUUACCUGAAAGGACUGUUCUCGAGGUAUUCAGACUUCUAUUGAGCAUUGCUAUUGCUGGGCCUCAGGCAUACCAAGUUGAACUCCAGAAGAGCCUGGGCAUGUCUCUGAGGACUCAGAACUUCAAGAAGCAUGUGCUUCCCAGGAAGUAGAUCAAGACUCAGAUGGUCUCGUCAGCUUUAGAGACUUCGAAUAUGCUAUGAAGAAUGGACAAAAUGAAGCCCAACCGUCGAGAUCUACUUUUGGCAAUUCCGGGGAGGGCUGUAAAUUGUAAUGUAUUUAAAGGUCAAACAGACCUUGCCCUUGUGACUUUGUGAUCUGCAUACUUGUGAUUAAACUCCUAAUCAUAAUUCCUGGAUGCUGAUAAUAUACUUGGGCUUGGAAUUCCAGAGGUGGUUGUGUGUACCAGUCUCCCUCUGUGUGGCUAGCAGCCCCGAGUCAGGUGCCGCUGCUGGCCCUGCCACUCAGCCGUCCCCCACCUCUCUUGCCACUCCACACUGCAGGUUGCAAUGCUCCACUCCCUUGGCCAUGCACCACUUCAGGUCCCUGGUUCCCAUCAGCUCCCAAGGUCUGGCAAGGGGCAGCUUUUCCCACCAAUGGUGCCAGUUGCCUUCAUUCAUUCCACUUUGGUUGAAUGAACAAUAGCAUCGAAGUGUCCCGCUUGCCUACUGUGUUCCAAACACUGAGCGAGGCAUUAGGGAAACAAAGAGGUAAGGCUUCUCUAAGUUCACGUACCCAGAAUCUAGAUCCACACUGCACUGGUGCUGGCUGUGCAAGACAAAUCAGGUGGACUUCCACAAGGUGGCCCUGUCCACAUCAUACAAGGGAGAACAGCACGCACUAGGGGUCCUGGGGACACAGAUGUGAUUGUAGAAGCUCUUUGGGUGGCCUGAGCCUGGGCUUCCUGAUACACAGAAGCAAAACCUGGCCUGCCCAGUUGCCCCUGGUACACACUUCUGGUUCCGGUGGUUCUGCCCUGCACCAGAGCCUUGGCCAGCUGGGCUCACAGUCUCCACGGUCUCCCAUCCCCCUGGGCUCCAGGGAUGCCAUCCUGGAGCAAAAACUGCACCACUGGACAUACAGCAUUUAUUAAAAUAAUUCAAAAAUAAUGGUAUCAAUACUAAUAUUUUAUUUGUUCCUAGAAUUCACUACAAUAAUAUUUGUAAAACAAACAAUUCAUAUUUUUUAAAAUAAUUUAUAUUUUUAAAGUAUUAAAUAAUUAAAGGCCAAGUAAAAUGUAGAUUUUUAAAACAAAAACAUUAAACAAGUUUCAUUCUUAUACAAUUAUUUGCAGAUAAUUUUAAUAAAGUUUUAAAAUUGUGAUAAUCCUGAGAUGCCUAAGGAAGCCUACAGCCAAGGGUCAUUUGAUAUUCUGCAUGGGGUCCUGGAAUGGAAACAAGGACAUUAGGUAAAAGCAAAUCAAGUGUGGACUUCAGCUACUAUUAAUGUAUUGACAUUGGUUCAUUAGUAGUGACAAAUGUAUCAAACUCAUAUAAAAUAUUAUAAUGGGAAACUGGGUGAGGGGUGUAUGAGAUCUCUGUAUCAUUUUCUCAGUUUUUCUAUGAAUCAAAAACUAUUCCAAAACUGAAUUUUGUUUAAAAAAUAAAGACUUAUUCAAAAAUUAAUAAACUGAACUUUACCUAAAA